AUGGCCUCCCGACGAGCAUUGAUGCGCAUCUCCCUGCGCUCCGCGACUGCUUCGUGCCGCGCAGCUUCCUUCCGUCUCGCCGCCGCACCCGCCCGCGCGCCGAGCGCUGCCGCCGUUUUCCAGCCCGCCGCGGCGGUGCAGAAGCAAGUCACUCAGAUCCGAUGGCACUCCGCCGAGCACGGCUCAAAAUCCAAGGUUUACGACUUCAAUGGCAUCAAACAGCUCCUCUCCAACCCGGCCCCGGACCGCGUCCUGAUCGACGUGCGCGAGCCGCACGAGUUCGCGGGCGGCUUCAUCCCGACGGCGCACAACAUGCCGAUCGGGUCGGCGCCCGAGGGCAUCUUCCUGCCCGCGGACGAGUUCGAGGAGCGGUUCGGGUUCCAGAAGCCGACGGCGGGAAAUGAGGUCGUGUUUUACUGCAAGGCGGGCGUGCGCAGCAGCAGCGCGGCGGCGCUGGCGCAGCAGGCGGGGUACGAGCGCGUGGGCGAGUAUAGGGGGAGCUGGCUGGAUUGGUGCAAGAAUGGGGGGGAGACGAGCGAGGGGCCGAAGUGA